AUGGCAGCCGACCUUGACGUUUCCGACAUCAAACUCAUGACCAAGUCCUUUCGGGCGCGGACCAUCACCGUCUUGGCUAUCUGCUAUCCUCUAGCGACUAUAGCUGUCCUCCUGCGAUUCCUCAGUCGACGGAUAUCAAAAAAUUCCUUCUGGUGGGACGACUGGCUGGCGGCCACUGGACUGUUGGUGACUGGCGGGUUCUGUGCUUGUGUUAUCGCUUGCAUCCCCCAUGAUGAUAUCCUCGACGGUAGGCGAAAGAUUGAUACGGCACUCAUGAUUUACAACACAAAGGGCGCUUAUGUGGCAGAAUUGUUUUACUACCUCAACCAGCUCUCUCUUAAGCUGUCCAUAAUGUGCUUCUACUGGAGGGUAUUUUCUUCGUCCAACUACAUGCGACGGUCGAUCCAAGUCAUCGGCUGCUUCAUCCUUCUCUGGUUCAUCGCAUCGUUCAUCGUUGCGAUACUGCAAUGCGUCCCCGUCGAAGCAGCUUGGGAUCCUGUGGCGAAAGCUAAACCAGGAGUCAAGUGCGUCAACUUGAAUGGCUUCUUUUUUGGGACGUCUGUUCCAAACAUCGUCGCCGAUUUGGUCCUGGUCCUGCUGCCUGUACCGCAGGUCUUGCAGCUUAACAUCACCAUGACGCAGAAAGUCUUCAUCAUAUUCUUCUUCCUGCUGGGUGGAUUUGUUGUCAUUACCUCGAUUGUGCGCCUGCGCCUCCUGAUCCUUGUCGACUUUAUCACGUUUCCGAUCAACUGGACGAUGGACAAUUCAGUUGUUUGGACAAUAGUGGAAAACUGCUGCGGUGUUGUCAGCGUCUGCCUUGCAUCUCUCCGGCCUAUCAUCAAGCUGUUGCCCUGGGCGAGCAUCCAGUCAGCAUUUGGACGGAGUUCUGGUAGAAGCAAAGGCCCUAACAGCGCAACUCGAACCAAGACUAGCGUCUUCAGCCGCGCACGACACCCAUCGCAGUGGAGCCAGAUUGACUCGAGUCAUGAGGGGAUGUCGCAGUCACUGGAAGCGAGAAAGGAUACAACAGCCGAUGUUGUCUCGAUCGAGAUGCAACCAACGGAGAAUUCAAGUCAGGACGAACUCGCGGGGCCGUUGGGAAGAUAUGGAUAG